AUGUAUUCCCCAGCAUCCACCCGCUCCCACAUACAUUCCCCAGCCCCACCCGCUCCCACAUAUAUUCCCCAGCAUCCACCCGCUCCCACGUGUAUCCCCCAGCAUCCACCCGCUCCCACAUGUAUUCCCCAGCAUCCACCCGCUCCCACAUAUAUUCCCCAGCAUCCACCCGCUCCCACAUCUAUUCGCAAGCAUCCACCCGCUCCCACAUAUAUUCCCCAGCCCCCACCCGCUCCCACAUAUAUUCCCCAGCAUCCACCUGCUCCCGCAUAUAUUCCCCAGCCCCCACCCGCUCCCACAUAUAUUCCCCAGCAUCCACCCGCUCCCACAUCUAUUCCCAAGCAUCCACCCGCUCCCGCAUACAUUCCCCAGCCCCCACCCGCUCCCACAUAUAUUCCCCAGCAUCCACCUGCUCCCGCAUACAUUCCCCAGCCCCCACCCGCUCCCACAUAUAUUCCCCAGCCCCCACCCGCUCCCACAUAUAUUCCCCAGCAUCCACCCGCUCCCACAUCUAUUCCCAAGCAUCCACCCGCUCCCGCAUACAUUCCCCAGCCCCCACCCGCUCCCACAUAUAUUCCCCAGCAUCCACCUGCUCCCGCAUACAUUCCCCAGCCCCCACCCGCUCCCACAUAUAUUCCCCAGCACCCACCCGCUCCCACAUAUUUUCACUAG